UACUCUCUAAUGCUUUUGCAAUGGCUAGAAUUUAUCCUAUGACAUCUUCUUCUUCUUCUUGUUCUUCCUCAAACUCAUACAUGACAUCAAAAAGAGAAACAUUUACUUUAUGGAUGAAAUCUCUAGUCUUCCAUGGAAAUGGCUGCACUGUUUUUGAUUCAAAUGGUCGAAUUGUUUACAGAAUUGACAACUACAACAAAAAAUCUAGCAGUGAAGUUCAUCUCAUGGAUCUACAGGGGAAAGUUCUCUUUUCUCUACGUAAAAAGAAAUUCUCACUUUGCGGACAUUGGAAUGGCUAUAAGAUGGAUGAGGAAAUACCAUGUUUUGAAGUAAGAAAAAAUGGACAUGUACUCUGGGGAGAGUUAAAAUACGACGUUAUUUUUGGGUGUGAUAUUGCUGAUUCAGACAGCUAUAGGAUUGUUGCUUUACCAGGCAAACCAGGCUUCAAAAUUGUCAGCAUAGAUAACAGACUUAUUGCAGAGGUAAAGCAAAAGCAAUCAUCUUCAAAUUCAGCAGUUCAAUUUGGGGAAGAUGUAUUAAGUCUAGUGGUGGAGCCACACGUUGAUCACUCACUAGUCAUGGCUCUUGCGACUGUUUAUGGUUUGAUCCAACAUAUGCUGUGAAUACCAUGAUUUUCCACAGUAAGAGAGUUUUUUUAUUUUUUUUGCCUGAAUAUAAGCGGAUGUACGUUUUUCUUCUUCUUUAUUACUUCAAAAAUUCUUUACAAAUGUAACUAGG